GAAUACUUCCUUAGGAUAGAUUGCCAGAAGUGGAGUGACUGGGUCAGAGGAAUGUGAAAACCUUUGCAUCUUCUGAUAGCCUAGCCAAGGUCCAAGAAGUAGCAAGCUGGCUUUUGGAAAUGAAUCAGGAACUGCUCUCUGUGGGCAGCAAAAGACGACGCACUGGAGGCUCUCUGAGAGGAAACCCUUCCUCAAGCCAGGCAGAUGAGGAGCAGAUGAACCGUGUGCUGGAGGAGGAGCCGCAGCCGCAGCUCAGACACCAGGAGGCGGAGCACGCGGUGAGGAAUGGUGAAGUCGCUGGAGCAGAACCGAGGCCUGGGGACCAAAGCGAUUCCCAGCAAGGACCGCUGGAAGAGAACAACAACCGGUUUAUUUCGGUAGAUGAGGACUCCUCCGGAAACCAGGAAGAGCAAGAGGAAGACGAAGAACAUGCUGGUGAACAAGAGGAGGAGGAUGAGGAGGAAGAAGAAAUGGACCAGGAGAGUGAUGAUUUUGAUCAGUCUGACGACAGCAGCAGGGAAGAUGAACACACACACAGUAACAGUGUCACAAACUCUAAUAGUAUUGUGGACCUGCCUAUUCACCAACUGUCCUCCCCGUUCUAUACAAAGACAACAAAAAUGAAAAGAAAGUUGGACCAUGGUUCUGAGGUCCGCUCUUUUUCUUUGGGAAAGAAACCAUGCAAAGUCUCAGAAUAUACAAGCACCACUGGGCUUGUGCCAUGUUCAGCAACACCAACGACUUUUGGAGACCUGCGAGCCGCCAAUGGUCAAGGGCAACAGCGACGCCGAAUUACAUCUGUGCAGCCACCUACAGGCCUCCAGGAAUGGCUGAAAAUGUUUCAGAGCUGGAGUGGACCAGAGAAAUUGCUUGCUUUAGAUGAACUUAUUGAUAGUUGUGAACCAACCCAGGUAAAACAUAUGAUGCAAGUGAUAGAACCCCAGUUUCAACGAGACUUCAUUUCCUUGCUCCCUAAAGAGCUGGCACUUUAUGUGCUUUCAUUCCUGGAACCCAAAGACCUGCUACAGGCGGCUCAGACUUGCCGCUACUGGAGAAUUUUGGCUGAAGACAACCUUCUCUGGAGAGAAAAAUGCAAAGAAGAGGGUAUUGAUGAACCAUUGCACAUCAAGAGAAGAAAAGUAAUAAAACCAGGUUUCAUACAUAGUCCGUGGAAAAGCGCGUACAUCAGACAGCACAGGAUCGAUACUAACUGGCGGCGGGGAGAGCUCAAGUCUCCUAAGGUGCUGAAAGGACAUGAUGACCAUGUGAUCACGUGCUUACAGUUUUGUGGUAACCGAAUAGUUAGUGGUUCUGAUGACAACACUUUAAAAGUUUGGUCAGCAGUCACAGGCAAAUGUCUGAGGACAUUAGUGGGACACACAGGUGGAGUAUGGUCAUCACAGAUGAGAGACAAUAUCAUCAUUAGUGGAUCCACAGAUCGGACUCUCAAAGUGUGGAAUGCAGAGACGGGAGAAUGUAUACACACCUUAUAUGGUCAUACUUCCACUGUGCGUUGUAUGCAUCUCCAUGAAAAAAGAGUUGUUAGCGGUUCUCGAGAUGCCACCCUUAGGGUUUGGGAUAUUGAGACAGGCCAGUGUUUACAUGUGUUGAUGGGUCAUGUAGCAGCAGUCCGCUGUGUUCAGUAUGAUGGCAGGAGGGUUGUGAGUGGAGCGUAUGACUUCAUGGUGAAGGUGUGGGACCCAGAGACAGAGACUUGUCUGCACACGCUGCAGGGCCACACCAACAGGGUCUACUCACUGCAGUUUGAUGGCAUCCAUGUGGUGAGUGGAUCUCUUGAUACAUCAAUCCGCGUUUGGGAUGUGGAGACAGGGAACUGCAUUCACACGUUAACAGGACACCAGUCGUUAACAAGUGGAAUGGAACUUAAAGACAACAUUCUUGUCUCUGGGAAUGCAGAUUCUACAGUUAAAAUCUGGGAUAUCAAAACAGGACAGUGUUUACAAACAUUGCAAGGUCCCAACAAGCAUCAGAGCGCUGUGACCUGUUUACAGUUCAACAAGAACUUUGUCAUUACCAGCUCAGAUGAUGGAACUGUAAAACUGUGGGACUUGAAAACGGGUGAAUUUAUUCGCAACCUAGUCACAUUGGAGAGUGGGGGGAGCGGGGGAGUUGUGUGGCGGAUCAGAGCCUCGAACACAAAGCUGGUGUGUGCCGUCGGGAGUCGCAACGGGACGGAGGAAACCAAGCUGCUGGUGCUGGAUUUUGAUGUGGACAUGAAGUGAAGAGCAGGAAAGGGGGCGUCGUCCCCACUCGUAGGCGACAGACUCCCUGCCCUUCCCCCUGCAAAAGAAAAAAAAAGAAAAAAGAAAAAAUAUCCCUUGUUCUCAGUGGUGCAGGAUGUUGGCUUGGGGCAACAGAGCGAAAAGACCUACAGACGCAGAAGGAAAAGAGGAAGCGAUGACAAACCGCAACUGACAAGAGAGGCGCCUGCCGGCUCUUCCCGGAAGAGGCUUCACUUUGGACUGAGGGCAGCUUUGCAACACGAGACUUUCGAAAUCAAACCAGGUGCAAUUAUUUCUUUAUUUUCUUCUCCAGUGGUCGCUGGGCAGCGUUACUGCUGAGACGUCGUUACAGAUUCGCUGGCCUGUUCUCUUACCACUGAGACCUAGAAAGAAGCUGCAAUAACACCCACACAGUACCGGUGGACUGUCUCACCGAGAGCAUCUGAAACAAAAAAAGUUAUUUUUCUGGAGUGGAAAAGCUAAAAAGGAAAAAAAUUACUGUGAAUUGUUUUUGUAUAGUUAUCAUGAAAAGCUUUCUUUUUUUUUUUUUGCCAAACCAUUGCCAAUGUCAAUCAGUCACAGUAUUAGCCUCUGUUACUCUCUGCCUGUCGCUUCCACGUGCACUCUUGAAUGCCUGUGUUGCUCAAAGGUGGCCAGUUGUCCUGGGUUCUGUGAGCCCCGAGAUGGAUUUAACUCUUGAUGCUGGUGCUAGAGGUAGGUCUUCAACGACGGGGUCGUGUCCCACCCUGUACUGUACCCCCAGUGGCCAAACUUACUUAUGCUGCUAAGUGAGAGAAAGAAAAAAAGCAAAUUAUUUUUUUUUAUUUUUUUUCUGCUGUGACGUUUUAGUCCCAGACUGAAUUCCAAAUUUGCUCUAGUUUGGUUACGGAAAAAAAAAAAAAAAGACUUUUUGCCGCUGAAACUUGAGCCAUCUGUGCCUCUAAGAGGCUGAGCAUGGGAGAGUUUCAGGAAAUAAAGAGUGACGUUUGCCUGCAAGUAAAGAAUCGAGAGUGUGUGCAAAGCUUAUUUUCUUUUAUCUGGGCAAAAAUUAAAACACAUUCCUUGGAACAGAGCUGUUGCCGCCUGUUCUGCGGAGAAACUUUUCUUUUUGAGGGCUGUGGUGAAUGGAUGAACGUACAUAGUAAAACUGACAAAAUAUUUUAAAAAUAUAUAAAACACAAAAUUAAAAUAAAGUUGCUGGUCAGUCUUAGUGUUUUACAGUAUUUGGGAAAACAACUGUUACAGUUUUAUUGCUCUGAGUAACUGACAAAGCAGAAACCAUCCAGUUUUUGUAGUAAAGGCGUCACGUGCAAACAAGCGAAAUGAAUGGAAAAGUCAAAUGGUUUGCCUCAUUUUCCAGGAGCCACAACUCAAGCUGAACUGUGAAAGUGGUUUAACACUGUAUCCUAGUGAUCUUUUUUUUUCCUCCUCCUGUUUAUUUUUUGUUUGUUUUAUUUAUAGUCUGAUUUAAAACAAUCAGAUUCAAGUGGUUAAUUUUAGUUAUGUAACAACCUGACAUGAUGGAGGAAAACAACCUUUAAAGGGAUUGUGUCUAUGGUUUGAUUCACUUAGAAAUUUUAUUUUCUUAUAACUUAAGUGCAAUAAAAUGUGUUUUUUCAUGUUA